AUGGGUGGUAAAUUUCACCUAAGGCUAAAUAUCAGCAAGAGACCGAUAGCGAACAAGUACCGUGAGGGAAAGAUGAAAAGAACUUUGAAAAGAGAGUUAAAUAAUGGUGAACUAUGCCUGAAUAGGGUGAAGCCAGAGGAAACUCUGGUGGAAGCUCGUAGCGGUUCUGACGUGCAAAUCGAUCGUCAAAUUUGG